AUUUAGGAUUGGUGGAGAGUCCUUAGCAGUGGCGCAAAAUACCUAUCUGUCAGUUGGUUUAGAGAAAAGAAUUAAACCUUGUGUUUGGACUACAGCUCAGCAUGGCUGAAUUGGGAGCACUGUGAAUAUGAAUAUUAUGGGAUGGGUGUACUCCAGAGUUCAAGACCUGCUAGGUUCUACAGGUCAUACCACUCUUGGUGUAGCACUUUUUAUAGGUGGUGUGACGUGUAUCUUUUCAUUAGUCUGUGCUCUCAUUCUUGCCUAUCUGGAUAAAAGAGCUGAGAAAAUUCUUUGCAAAGAGCAAGGGAAGACUGGUGAAGUGAUUAAAUUAACUGAUGUGAAAGACUUUUCAUUGUCCUUAUGGCUCAUAUUUAUUGUCUGUGUUUGUUAUUAUGUGGCCGUCUUCCCAUUCAUUGGACUUGGAAAAGUUUUCUUCAUUGAGAAGUUCAAAUUUUCCUCUCAAGAAGCAAGUGCGAUCAACAGUAUUGUGUAUGUCAUAUCAGCACCCAUGUCCCCUGUCUUCGGAUUCCUAGUAGACAAAGUUGGAAAGAAUAUUACUUGGGUUAUAUGUGCUGUAGUGACUACUUUGGCUUCUCACAUCAUGUUGGCCUUUACUUUCUGGAACCCUUGGGUUGCCAUGUGUUUGCUGGGAGUAGCUUAUUCCCUACUUGCUUGUGCCUUAUGGCCUAUGGUUGCUUUUGUUGUCCCUGAACAUCAGCUGGGAACAGCUUAUGGCUUCAUGCAAUCAAUCCAGAAUUUGGGUCUAGCCAUCAUUGCCAUUGCAGCUGGUAUGAUACUGGAUUCUCGAGGGUAUCUGUUCCUAGAAAUAUUCUUCAGUGCUUGUGUGUGUUUGUCACUCAUUGCUGUAGUUAUGCUGUACUUUGUGAAUUAUCUUAGAGGAGGUGACCUUAACUGGUCUGCAAAGAAAAGGGAAAAACUACAGAAGCAAGCUGUGGCUGAAGCAAAAAGACGGGAAAAAAUCAGACGUCAGAAUGAAGAUGACUUAGCCAAAUUACAGCCAAAGAAUGACUUUAGUUUGAGGAAUAGGUAUCUCUCCAGAUUAGGUGCUCAGCUGCCUGACAACUGUGUUUGUCACUUACCUGCACUGGCUCACAGAAGUGUGUUGAAAUAACAGAGUUGUGUCAAGACAUGGGAAUGCAAUACAUGAACCUUUUAUGCCACACAUGACCUCAGUCUUCCAUAGAGCUGCCUAGAUAAUGAAAAAUACAACAAUAUUCAGUAAUCUUCUACAAACAAAACAGUAGCUGAUCUCUUGGAGUUGUUACAUUGAACUCUGUGCCAAAGUAUAUAGGGUAGGGAUGCUUUUUAGAAAUCAUGAGUGGUGUGCUGCUACUGAUAGAUUUCUGUGUUUCCUCAAGUUCUUUAUCUGUUCAUACUAUAAGCUGGUUGAACAGUUUUUGGGUUUGGAAAAUAGAACACUGUAACUUCAGCCCAUUAAAAGUGAUGCUUGUUUCAGCUCCUGUAACUACAGUCUUUCUAAAACAGACAUUUUUGUUCAUGUUCUAGAUUUCUUUCUAAUGAAGGGAAACAAUGGAAUUUAAUUCACUAGACUAUUAAUUUCUGUGAAAUUUUAAUUUUGUAUCAGAAAUGAAUUAAACUUUUAAACAUACUGUUACUUAAAAGUAGCUGUCUUGAAAAUAGCAUUAAUGUCAAUGUUUUCAUUGUUUGUAUUGAUGAAAAGCAGAAGUUUGACAUUUCCUAUGGAAAUAGCUCAGUAUGUAUCUUUAUUACUGAGGCAAUGCAGCAGUUUUGUAGAAGGAUGGUAGAAAUCACUGGUCACAUUUCAUUGAAAUAAAAGCUGAUUACGUUUGCUACCAUAAGUGAAACAAGUUAAAAUACAGUGAGAAAAUAAGUCUCGGGGCCUGCCUUAGGUUUACAUUACAUUAGGAAC